AUGCCCUGCUCAAAAGAGAACCCCGCCAGCUCCCCUUGCAAGUGGACUGCCAAGGAGGGCGACAUGCAGCUCUGCUUUGUGAGGCUCUGGGAGCACACCAACCCAACCCGGGGGUCCACACGCACUGCAGGCUGUGACCUGUACAGUGCCUAUGAUUGUACAAUACCACCUAUGGAGAAAGCCCUUGUGAAGACGGACAUUCAGAUAGCUCUUCCUUCUGGGUGCUAUGGAAGAGUAGCUCCAUGUUCUGGCUUGGCUGCAAAACACUUCAUGGAUGUAGGAGCUGGUGUCAUAGAUGAAGAUUAUAGGGGAAAAGUUGGUGUUAUUUUGUUCAAUAUUGGCAAAGAGAAGUUUGAAGUGAAAAAGGGUGAUCGAAUUGCUCAGCUCAUUUGUGGGCAGAUUUUUUAUCCAGAAAUUGAAGAAGUUCAAGUCUUGGAUGAUACUGAACGGGGUUCAGGAGGUUUUGGUUCUACUGGAAAGAAUUAAAAUUUGGGCUAAGAAUAGAAAAUGAAAAGGCAUACUUUUGAUUAAAAAUAAUAGGUUUUGCGUCAAGUGUUUUUGGUGUUUUGCACCAUAAAACUUAAUAGUUUUAACUUGUAAAAAAGUUUAUUUUCUUAAAGAUAGAAGGAAAGGUUACUUCUGUUGGGAUUAUCUGGAAACUUAUUUUGUGUUUCUGCAAUUGGUAGUUGUAUGAAAAUCUAUCUGCUUUGUGAAUACUUGACAAGUUUUAAAAAAUAAGAUGUAUAAUUUAAUUCAAUAAAGAGUAUCUCUUUGG